AUGACAAAUCAGACACUAAUGACAGAAUUCUUGCUUUUGAGAUGAAUGGAGAAUUGGAUGCUGCUGGGCUUGCGUGCUGUGCUCUUCUCGCUGCUCUACUUAGUGGCCAUGUUGAGUUUAAUCCUCCUCCUCCUCCCUAAUCUUGACCAAGGCCUCCACACCCUAAUUUUGUAUUUUUUCCUCAGGCAUUUGUCCUUCUUAGAUCUGUGUCUCAUUUCUGCCACAGUUCCCAAAUCCAUCCUCAACUCUACCACCUUCACUGACACCAUCUCUUUCCCGCCGUGUGUGCUGCAGUUGUUCCUGGUGAUAUUAUUGGUUGGGUCAGAGACUGGCAAGCUUACCGUGACGUCCUACGAUCACUAUGUUGCCAUCUGCCGCCCUCUGCACUAUGAAGCUGUCAUGAGCAGAGGAUCCUGUGUCCAGCUGAUGGCUGUGUCCUCGCUCAAUGGAGGGGCCUUGGGAAUCUUGUACUCAGCAGGGACAUUCUGUGAUGUCCCUGCCCUACUACUAAAGCUCACUUGCUCUGAAGAGCACGUCAUCAUUAAUGCCAGUGUGGUCAUUGGGGUCUGUUACGCUUUUUCAUGUUUAGUUUGCAUUGCGGUCUCCUAUGUGUAUAUUUUCUCCACUGUGUUAAAGUUCCCAUCCAGACAGAGCCAGUCCAAAGCCUUUUCCACUUGCAUGCCUCACCUCACUGUUGUGAGCACGUUUCUUGCAACAGGCGCUGUUGCUUAUUUAAAGCCAGCUUCUGAAGUACCUUCUAUUUUAGAUGUGGUGGUGUCUGUGUUCUAUUGUAUAGCACCUCCGACCUUGAACCCUGUUAUCUACUGUCUGAGGAACAAAGACAUUAAAUCCGCUCUAGGUAAAGUCCUGUGCAAUGUCGGAAGCAGCGGAGUAAUAGAAAGGUGA